AUGCAAUUCUUUCUCGUCUUGUCGACCCUCCUCGCAGCGACCAUCUCCACGGUCCUGGCGUUCCCCACCAGGCGCGCCGAUUUCAACAACACCCGCAUCGUCCAGCUCCGCCUGUUUGGCGUUCCAGGCUGCUUGGAGCUGAACGAAGGAGAACUGGGCAUCUACGGCGACGCCCUCAACCAAUGCCUGACCUGGAGCGACGUGACUGUGCAGUCCGUCAGCUUCGAGGGCGGUGUCACGGGCUAUGGUGUGCAAAUCUUCAACGAUGACACCUGUACUUCCACCCCGUACAAUGUGACCACCCCCCAAUGCCUGGACGACGCGUCGGGACUCGCAAGCUACAAACUGGUGGCUGUUUGA